UACUGAUAUGACAGUGGUACAAGAGCCUGGGUAACUGGCCCAGCUGCUGGUAGAUAGUUCCCUCCUCAUCCCUGGUGUAACAGGUCCACCAGCAGCCUUUCCAGCCUCCGUAUCACUGGCUGUAAGAGAAGUCUUCCUAUUGGAUCAAUCAGGUGGUAGUAUUAGAGAGGCUCCAUCACAGUAGUGUUAUCCCCCAGUGUAGAGUGUGUUAGUGGUUCACAAGGGCUGUCUCACACCAGCCCACCCUCAUCCCUGUGUUGAGUAUGGGAGGUAUCCUACUACAGUGCAAUGCGUAACUGUUUGGAUUAGAUUUUUUUAGCACCAAAUGUGAUGGAUUUAUUCGUUAAACAAUAAUGGUGUAACUCUGCCCUGUUGUGAGAAAUGUUGGACAAAUAUGCAAGCAUAUGGAGCUGGACAGAUGACCAAAGCCUUAUAACAAUGGAUCUAACCACCGAUGUAAAAACUGACCAUCCCUAGGUCUUUGUGAUGACCACUGGACAAAUCUUCAGGUGUUAAGUGGACCUAUGGUCAGUUAGUUUUAGUGCACAUUAUGUUACUCUAGGACCACUACAUACAAGCAAUUCAAGGUCAACAUCUCUGGACAGUCCGAAGUUAAUAUCUCUAACAGGAUAGUCUAACGUCAACAGUUCUGAAAGAGUUCAAAGUCAAUCACUUUUUCUUCCUUAAUAAAAUUCUAAAGCUACAAGUGAACAAUUCAAGGUCAACAGAUCAAACAAGGUCGAAAUCUCUCAUAGAAUAGUUCAAGGUCAACAUCUGUGAUUGAACAUCUAGGAAAUUACUAGUAAAUAUUUCAAGGUUGUGCCAAUAGUGAUAGAGUGCUAAUGACAUACUGAAGUGUUAGACAUAAGCUAGCAAGCCUUCCUGUAGUUCCUGGAGUAACCUAUUUCAUGUCCUAUUCUGACCCUCUUGGCCCUGGAUAUUAAGUCAAUAGUGAAGAAUUACCAUAGACAAGGCCACCACAGAAUUACUGAAUUUCGUGAAUGGAUAUUGUACAGGGUGUUUGAUAGACAGUAAGACGUUGAAACACACGCUAAAGGCCACAAUCUGUAGAAAGAGGUUAAUAGGACCACUUGCUCGUCAGCGUUAACACCCUAAUGCAAGGCCGUUGACGCCAAGUGCUUCCGACACUCUUACGGCAGAGUCUGGCAUUACCAUAGUGUGACAACACGAUCAGCCAAAGCUCGUGCGUUCGACCAUCAUACAGCAGAGGUGCCACAUCUCACAAGCAGCACAAGGCUAAUGGUGUGACAUUCUGGAGCCCGCAAUCGAACGCGCCAAUCUUGAUAUAUAUAGAUAUAUACUAGACAAGCACUGUCUAAGAUAUAUACCAGAACAUUUAGAUCCUGGUGGGUUGGAAGAAACAAUGAAGUAAACUCGAUCUCGCUGGUUGUAGAGCCUGUAGUAAUCAAUACGAGAAACGAUCAGAUCCGACUCAAUUCAUAUUCAUUACCACACGAUGUAGUAAUGAACUUCCCACCUGUUUUUCAUGACUUCUGUACCAAUGAAAUUACAUGGAAAUUAGACUGAUAUUAAUUCAAUACUUUCAAGGCAAUGUUGCUUCUUAUCGAAGAAAGAGAAACUUAUUUUUGAAAACUUAACAUGCAAGACACGAGGAGGAAAUAGAACAGAAGACCAAGUUAUGUCAAGCACAGAUGUUUGAUAUAAACUACAUCUUGAUAUGUAAUUAGAUCUAGUUCUGAAAAUGUGGCGUAAACACCAACCAUGCAGCUUGUGUAAUAUAAAGAUCUGGCUGUAUGUCAUAAUGACAGCAUUACCGCUGUGUUAUCCUGACAAAGGACCGGACAUGGACUGGACACCACCAUUCUGUCCCAAACUGUGUACCUGUAGGAUGAGUCGCUAUGAACCACCGACACAGGGAAAACUUAUGAGGACAAUCAAUUGCUCCGAGGCAGGUAUAGGAUCAGUCCCAAAGAAUCUUUCCAGUCGGGUGGAGGUAGUUAUGCUCAACGGUAAUAGAAUCAAAUAUCUGAAAAUAAGAGACGUUUUGAACUAUCUGAAACACUUUGAUGUGUCCUCAAACAGAAUAUCCAAGAUAGAUAACAGACUACAAAAGCUAACUCACUUAAAAUCCCUCAAUCUUCAGAACAACAGUUUGUCUUACUUACCAAAUGGUCAGUUCAGCGGUCUCAAGUUCCUGGCCUAUCUUGACCUAUCAAACAACGUUUUACAUUCCAUAGAGAAGCACACAUUUGGAGGCCUCAACUAUCUCCAACGGCUCAAUCUGGAGGGCAACAAACUGUCAUUCCUAGAACGCGAAUGGUUUCUCAGUAUGCCAUCACUCCGUUGGCUGUAUCUUUCGAGGAACCUCCUGCGUAAUAUAGAACCAAAUAUGUUUGAGACUCUGUGGAACCUAGCCGAGCUCCGACUUGAUCAUAACAAUAUAUUCAAUGUAGGGGCAGAUGCAUUCCAUGGAAUGGCAGAGUUGUCAACAUUAGACCUGUCCUUCAACAAGUUGACGAGAGUUCCUGAGAAUAAAGUUUUAACAAUAAAUAGUCUGCAGUGUCUGUAUCUGGACGGAAACCCAAUUUACAGGAUUAGUCGAGGAGCCUUUAAGGGUCUGAAUGUCUCUCUAAUCAGGGCCCGGUAUAUGCCAAAUUUAAAUGUUAUUGAAAAACAAGCCUUUAAAAAUCUUCCCCAGCUUCAGAUUUUGGAGCUUCAUGAUAAUCCAUUGCUCAUCUAUAUCGAUUCUGAUGCUUUUAGUAAUGUUCCACGUCUGAAGAGUCUAUACCUACAUAAUAACCGACUGUUGGCCGUGCCUCGCACCAUCAGAACUGGGCUACCUUCAUUGGAAAAAAUUCAUAUAUAUAACAACAAUCUGCGAUGUGAUUGUAAUGCGUAUUGGAUUCGACAGGAGUUGUUGAAGGAGGAACAACAAUCAAACUUUACGUCAGUAAUGUAUGAUGAAUCUGUCUUAAGCUGCGAUUCUCCACCAAAUUUAUCAGGUCGGCUUUUAAAAAUGCUUCCAAAGAAAGCGAUUAACAAGACCUGUGCACCUAGUGCUCUCCCUUUGUUUGGGACCAGCUAUAAUAUUAGUGUUGGGGAAGAGCUGAGAUUAGAGUGCCAUGCCCUUGGUGUUCCUGAUCCUCAAAUAAAGUGGCGACUCCCCAAUGGGACAAUGUUGUCAGGGUCAGUGAGGUCAGGGCGAGUACAGGUGUUAGGGAAUUGUACGCUCAUUGUGCGACACCUAAGGCCAUCGGACAGUGGUACCUACUUAUGUAAGGCAAUGAACCAGAAUGGGUUUGAUAUCAGCUCAACGUCAGUCAAGGUCAACAACAAACCAAUCCGAAUCAUUCCCUCCAGCAUCGCUGGAGACUAUGUCACGAUCAUGUGGAAUGGGACCACCUACCGGUCAAUGAUAUCCGACUACCAAAUACAAUACCGAGUUCCCACAUCUACCAUACAAUACAGUACCAUACACUUGAGUCAGUUUGCCACCCGUUAUACAUUCACCAAUCUAAAGCCCCUGACAACCUAUGAAUUCUGCAUCGUUUAUGUAUAUGACACAGAACAAUAUACAGUAGACUGUGUCAAUGUGACCACAACACAACCUGGGGAGUUACCUGUAGGAAUCACCAGGAUAGACAAACGUAUUAUCAUUGGCUCAUGUGCUGCCAUCUUGCUGGCAAUUGCACUGGGUUGUGUUAUAGCUGUGGCGCGACGCUUUCGAAGGCACAAGGAGUACCUGGAACCCUCUAUUCAUGAGAAAAGUGAAACUAUGGCACAUAUUCCACUGGACAAUUUUUACAAUCCCCCUACCACACCCUUGUGUUCUUCACGAACUUCCCUUAUCAGUGCUCAAGACUGAAGCUUUCAAAUUAUACCAUGAAAUCUAAUGCACCCUAAACUAAAGGGAGGUAACACAUUCCUAACUUUUGAUGCCAAAAAAAAUCUGGUAAACUGUUCAAAAAUGUGUGAGUCUUUUUUUUCUGCUAUUUGAAUAGAAAAUUUUAUUUCAAUUAAAAGGAUACACAUUUGCUAAAAGAUGUCAAGAUUGAAUACAGAAUACGGUAAAUGUACAUAUUUUAACGAUAAUCUUAGUUUCGUGCUUUAUGAGCUUAAGAUAUUCUGCUAAAUUAUUGUUACAUUAAUUCUAGUUUCUUUUUGUAGUUAUUACAGCAAUUACUGAGAAUGUGCAAAUUCUUUAUUAUUGUUUUCUAAAUUGAUAUUGCACUAAAACUCGAAUCAACCAAAAUAUAUAUGUUCACAGUAGUUUAAUGGUAUGUGCAUUAUACAGUAUAAAGGUAUAAAUAUUGAUACAUGAUUUAGAUUUACAUCAAGGAGAUAUGUAAUCACAGUUAUCUAAUCUACUGGCAUUUCCAUGUAGAAAUGAAGGUAUAUGGAUGUGACACAAAUGUUGUGGUUCCCACAGUUUGGGAACUCUUCAAUCAACAUGCUGGUUACUAUGACAACAAGACAAAGACAAGUUGGUGUGCACUGGCAUGUGAUAGAUGUCUUCUAUUUAUUACUGAAGACAGUGUGAUAGUAAUGUCUCAUAAACGUUCAUUCUCUGCUAGCAAAAUGCUGUUCUUCUCUGUUAAAUCUAUAAUUCAGCAUUACUAUGAUGAUUGGAGGGUCAAAUUCAGUCCUGUUUUGAUAAAAGGUCUUGUGACUUGUCAUCACAAUCUUGUAAAAGACAGGGCUAUAAUAACUAGUGCUGAUAAUGGCAAACUUCCAUUGUUCAUAAAUAAAACAAUGUGUAAAUUUGAAUUUCAUCAGUACAUAUAUCAGGCCAUCUACAUAAGGAGGCCGUCUUCCUCAUUCUUGAAAUAUUGAAUUUACACAAAUUUUACACCAAAGUUUAGAUGUGAUAUGGCUGUAUUUGGAGAUUUUUCGAUAUUGAUAUUUGCUCAUUUUUCUUCCUAAUCUCUUUGCACAAAUGAAUUCAUGAUCACAUUUUUCCUAUUCUUAUUUAUUGCUGUUGCUUAGAAUAAAUAAAAUGAUGAUGUCACAUUUUCCAGUGUUUAGCACUAGAGACUUCAUAUUUCAUUUACAAAAAUUAAUGUAUUUCAUUUUUAUUAAUGAAGUGCUUCAUAAAUGAAAUAACUUUAUUUUUGUUUAUUUCUAUGAAGAAAUUAAUAUUGAAAGUUUUCAAAUAUCUAUGAUUUAAUGAAAAAAAAAAUAUAAAAUAUAAUGAUAUUUAUAUACAGGGACCAAAAAACAUUUACUGCCCAUGUAACACUAAAGAACGAAAUCAACAUUAGGAUAUAGUAUAUAUAUAUACAGUAUUCUUCUUUUAUAAAUUUGUUGUUUACAGAAAUAUCAAGGCUUAACGUAAACAAGUAAUUAAAAACAAAAGUAUACAAUAAAUAAACAAUACAGAAUUUAAAUGAUAAUGAAAUUUCAGAUCAUCCAAUCCUAAUUUGAAAUCAAAUGCACAAGACAGCAUAAAAGAUAAAAUCUGACCAUUUAUUUCCUUUAUCAAUCAUAAGGCUAGUAGCUUGACAUUUCCAUUGUAGUAUUGUGUUGUCUUAAUUCAUGAUGUCACUUCAAUCAUGCAGUAGAGGUCAUCCUAUUAUCAUAUAAAUUAAGAAUUAAUUACCAAAUAAUUUCAGAUAUGAUUGCCAUUUCAUUUCACAAAAAUAUUUUAAAUAUUUUAUAUGUUCCAUAUAAACAUGUAACAUGGCAGUGGUGCUAAACAUCGCCCCACCUGUAUUAUAUAACAGACUAACAUAGGUUAUCAUUUGUCAACUGACUGUAUUAAAGUUAAUGGAUUUUUCCUCCUUUCUUUUCUAGGGUUAGAUUUAUUGUACACAGGCUUAAUGUCUCAUUAUCUUUCACUUUUUCUUCCCUCAUAUAAACUUGUUCAUUCUGGCCAAGUGAUAUGCAUAAAACCAUAUUAAGUUUUAAAAGAAUUGAAUUUUUACCCCCUUGUUUUUUCAACUUGUAUGGGACUGAAAUGGAUGACAGUUAAACUUCAGAGAAACUUCCCCUUUAUACAUAGUCAAAUUCAAUCAUCUUCCAGUCCUAGUCCAACCCCCUACACCUACCAAACAAUUUUGGGAUUUGUAAUUAAAAUUUUUUUGUCAUGUGAUAAGAUAAUAACAUCUUUAGACAACACAAGCCUAUUUUAUUGUCACAGUGACAUAGCAGGCUUUUAUCAGGUAGAAACACUGAAUUUAUCAACAAAACAUCAUUGUAUGUAUCUCACGCUAGAUAGAAAUUUUGUCUAUAUACUUCUUUUUAACCUUCUUGGCUUGUUUACUUCCCACACAUUUAUGUAAUAUACAGAAAGUUUGGUUGAGUCUUGCUACAUCAGCUGGAUAUGAAAAUACAGCAUUUUUGUUUAGUGAAAAAGUUUUGUGAUCAAACCAAAAUAUUUAGUAAACUAUCUUCAUUCUGAUGUAGAAACCCACGUGAAUUUAUCUUGUUAUUGUGAUUAUUGUUUAAAAGAAAAUGAUCAGUAUUAAUUGUAGGACAUCAGAUUGUCCUUAUAUUGACAAUAAAAAAUAAAUAUUCUCAUUCCAGAUCAUCAAACCAUUACAGAAAUGUUCUGACAAAGCUGUCAAGGUUUACAAUGCACUUUAAUGACAUCAUCAUAAGGAAGUUAUUUGUCAAAAUUGUGUGAAUGUCUCUUGUGUCUUCAUUUCUACUUAUUUUUUUCAGAUUGCUGAUAAGUUCACAUCAUUCUCUUAAACAUUAAAGACAAAAUACGUCAAACAAA